AUGUAUCAGUUGGAUUCUAAUACCCGGCGGGAGGCUCAAGGUAUUCGAGUAUGCGCUGGAAUUGUGUUGCUGUUGAUUACAAUGUUGCUGACUAGGUUGCAGGAUGAGGCAAUGAUGCCAAGUGCGCCUCUAAAGAAGAACACUGAUAUCAGCAGAUGGGCGCAUACUGUAGUGACGUGCAAAUCGUCUAAUUCCCGGGUUGUCUUCUUCAGUCUGUGGCCUGAUACCGUUGUAUCCUGGCAUCAGACGAUAAAGAUGGACGAGAAGAAUGUCCAAGAUGAGUUUGAUGUUAAUGGUUACGAGUCGCUCGAUGGCAGACCAUUCGCCUAUUCACAGCAAUAUGCUAAAAAUGAUACGCAGCCUAUUCAUGACAUUAUGGUUAGUCGGGUGAACGGUAAGAUAGUACCUCUUACAACAAAAUCCGCUAACUGCGCAACAGGAAUGUGUUAUGUUGCUUUGAUACAGACCAAUGGUCUUGCUUGCUCGAAACGUAAUUUCUUGCAAAGUCUAGACCAAAACGCGUGCUCCAGUAUUUCUGGCGAUUGCUACACUCUGCAUACAUACGACGACCUGUUGGAGGUUGCUUCAGAUGGAAAGGGUCUAGGUAGCAACGGGCAUGAACUGACAAGCAUAUGUGGCGAUGCGCAGUUGACAACCUUGGCAUAUGAUCAAAAUGAUAAUAGCAUCUGGUUUUCAAGUGGUCGAGGAUCUAGCUGGUAUGUAAAUCACUUUAGCUUAGAUACUGGAACCAGCAGCACUGCCGCUGUGCCGAGCGUCAAUGAAGAGGCGAUAUUGAAAGUCAGCUACGUAAGUACCAUAAACACGAGGCUAGGUGCCGCUGGCAAUGCGAGGGUAACCGAUGUACCUAACAUCGCCGGCGAGCCUCAGAAGGGCGACCAGGAGCAGGCCAUAGCUAGCGCUCCUUUUCUCAUAUACGUUGCUCAAGACUAUAUCGUGCUGUUUCGAAACGCCAAGGAUGUUGGUGUCAUACUCCAUAUAUUCAAUAAGACGGGAAUGAAGCUAACGAAAUCCAUCCAAUUUGAUCAUAUGGACAGUGCAUGGAUCAUAGACGCGGCUGACAGCCAGGCAUCCAACUACCUACUAUUAAUGGGUAAGAUUUUAACAACAUGGGCAAGCUUUUUCUUGCAGGCUCUGGGCCACCUUAUUCAUGGCAAACGGAAGCAAUAG